AAUAAUAAUGAUACCCAACCUUAACCUAUGUACCUACCUGUACCACACAAUUAUAAAGGUAGGUAAAGGAAAAGGGAAAAGUUAUUCUUUUGUUUUUGAAAAAUGCACAUUCAGUGUGUCAUCAAUAUGGAACUUAUACCUGUCAGCAGUCUUGACUAUAAACUCAUCAUCAGUGCAUCUCUCGGUUACCCUAGAAACCUGUACUUUUCUUUACUUCCAAUAAAAAUAAUGUGCCUUAUCCAAUUUGGUAGUUUUUCUGACAAAAUAUAAUCUCUAAAGGAGACACAAGAAAUUCCUGGAAUAUAAUUUUUCAGGACCCUUAUUUUGGGAAUUUAAUGUCGGACAAUGGUUAAGUGGUAUUAGUGUGUACGUGGCGGGGAAAAAAGAUCACAUCGAAGGGGAAAGUGACCUUUAUUUAUAUAAAUAAAUAGAACAGGCUCAUUUUCAAGACAUUCCCAAAAAGGACUUUGUUUCGAAAAGGUCAAAUAGUGUUGCUUUAAAAUAGAAUAUGAACUGUAUAUUGUCAUUAUUUCGUGUAAUUUUGCUGAUAGUUUUAUCGGGAAGUGUUUUCGGUGUACCAAUUUCGGAUGAAGUAGAUCAAGUGCCUCCAUUGGCAUCUCCGCCAAUUGUUGUGGUUAAUAAAGACGAUGGAUCGUCUGAUUUGAAACCUCCUCCGCCACCAUCAGAAAGUGAUAAUCAAUAUUCUGGAAGUUCAUCUGUAUCUUCUGAAGUGACUUCUUACGAUCCAAAUAUCUAUUCGGGACUUUUGCCAGCUGGUGGAGUACCAGGUUAUCCAGAUCCAUUCCCUGGAUAUCAUCAUCAUCCUUAUCCUGGUUAUCCACCACAUCCUCCACCAGGUUAUCCAUCGCCUUAUGUUGUUCAAACUGGUUACGAAGGUUAUCUACUACCAUCCGCGCCACAAGUUCAAUCAAUUCAAUCGGUUUCAGCUGUGCCUCUAUCAGAUUCGCUGAGUUUCCUUCAAGGUAUUAUGCCAGCCAGCAUGGUCACAUGGAUUGUACGAUCGAUGGCAAUUGUAAUGGGUACUGUCACUAUGGUCAUUAUGGGUGGUGCUUUGACAACUGCGCUAUGUUCAUUAACUCCACUUUGUUCGAUAUCAUUUAAAUCGUUGAAAUUUUUAAAUUGGAAUGAAACUGCUAGAAAUGUUGGUAUGAUUGUUGGCAAUGAAAUGACACCGGAACGUGUUAGGAGAGCAGCAAAUUUUGUGCAUACAGCUAUUAGGAAGUAUAGUGAGUUGCAGAAAGCAUUUGCUGGUGAUGAAAAUUAA